UGUUGCGCCAGCAGGAUCGCCAUCAGCCAGCAGCAGCGUAGGGAUCGAGGCAUCUAACUGUACAAGUUGUAAAUAAUAGUAGCCAUUCAUACGGAAGUUCCUUUUGAACCAAUCGCCAUAGUGGUUUGCAGAACUAUACGUAUUCAUUGAUAAUCAAAAAUCCAGAAAGAAUCCAUAAACGCGUAACAAAAAAUGGCUCAAGACAAGUUCGAUCUUCAGAAAGUGCACGGCAGCUUCGAACGGUGUCUGGCUGGCAACGACAACGAAGACGAUGUUUUCCUCGAUCCCUACUUGGAAGCCUUCAAGGAACUCUACAAAUUCUUCUCGCUGAUGGGCACCGUGUUCGGUUUCGUCAGCAGUGACGUCAAGGAGAAGGUCGAGAUCCUGGAGAAGCUCCGGAAGCACGCGGACCAUGGCGAACGGUUCGAAACGGUGCGCAGCAUGAUGGACUAUGAACGGGAUGGCAAUCUGCUGGCCAAGAAGGAUUACGUAUCGGGCAGUCGAACACUGCUAAGGCUUCAUCGGGGGCUUGACUUCAUCUACCUAUUCCUGAAACGGCUCGGUGAACUAGAAAGCGCGAAUGCCAACACCUGCGCCGUUUGCCAAACGGCUUAUAACGAAACCCUGGCCCAGUUCCACCCGUGGUUGAUCCGGAAGGGUGCCGUCAUGGCCAUGUACGCCAUGCCCAACCGAGAUCAGCUGUUGGAAAAAGUUUGCCUGGAUGCAAGCUUAGCGAUCAAGUUGCUUCCAGAGAUGUUAGGCGUCGCGCGGCAGGUGUACGAUCGGACUCAGAAUUUGUACACGCUGUACGAUAUGCAUGGAUUGCCCUGAAGAGGACGACUUCUUUCUUCUUAUCGAAAAAAAAAGACCACACGCUAGACGAACAUUUUAGAACGAUUCGGUUGUACAAGUUUUAUUUUAAGCCAUUUUUGUGAUAGCUGGAGUAUUGAUUAAGGUUUAAGUUGUAGCUACCUAGCCAAAUGUUGAAACCAGUUUUGAAAGUA